AUGGAGCACUCAUCUUUUGACGACAACUCUUUCAUUAGUGGAGAAAUUUCCGUUCGAAGCACUUUGACAACAAGUUUCACAAAUCUCGAUUAUGCUGACAACUGUCGUUGUCCGACGACGGCCUCUCGAUCCGAAGCGGGUCGAAGCGAGUCUCGAACCACCAUCGAUAAUGAUCUCGACACGAUCUCGCAAAUUAGUAACCAAACGAUGGAUAGCACGCAGGUGGAGGACGUCGAGACAGGCAGCGGCAGCAGGACGAAGCACACGCCGCCGUCGUUGAAGUUGAUUUAUCGAAAGCCUCGCUGCUUUUUCGUUGCCUACAAAACACUCACCAACUGGCUCGGCGCCAUAUUAAUGUUAUUGAUUUUGGCCGAAUGCCAAUACAUGUCCGAUGUGAACGACAUCAACUUUUGGAUGUUCCUACCUUAUAUGAAAAACGACAACGAUGAUAUCGUUGAGAUUGCCGAAGUGUGCACGAUUGCUGCUGUCAGUCUUUAUUGUGCUUUUUGUUCUCAAAAUCGGCAUCGAUAA